GAAAGUGUUUCUGAUAUCCGGUUCUCUCGUCGUCUUCUACAGCUGUGAGGAAAGAGACCAAAGCUGUGGUGUGAAAGUUCCAGAUCUCCAUGAUGAGUGUGAUUAAAUCCCACCUGUCCAAGCAGCAGGAGAUGAAGCUGUGUUCUCUCCUCGGUCAAGCUAAACUCAGUCUGUUGUUCAAGGCCAGCGUGCACGGCUUCAACAUCAACAUCUUCCACCAGAAAUGUGAUCGUCAGGGUCCCACCGUCACUGUGGGCUAUAAUAACUCGGGCUACAUCUUCGGGGCAUACACCAGUAAAGAUUACGCUCUGACAGGGCAGAAUAUUGCUGAUGAUCAAGCCUUCCUGUUCAGCUUCAAUGCUCAUGAUAUGGAUAAAGCUCCUCUGCGUGUGGUGAGCACAGAAGCACAGCGAGCGUUCAUUGAUGGAAACACUGGUCCUAAUUACAUCUCCUUGGUUUUUCUGUACAACAACACCGCCACUGUGUACAGCAACCCAAACACGUAUCUUUUUGACCCAGUGGAGAUGCACGGCAAUGACCUACAGCUGAGCGAGUGUGAGGUGUACCGAGUGGAGGGGUUUGGAUCUCUCAUGGAGAAACCAUGGAGGAACAUCGAGUGGAGUUUAGAGACGAGGAAGUCUCUGAUAGAUGUCAUCUCACACUGGACUCCGAGUGUGAGCUCAGUGCAGAAAGCUCGUGUGUUGCUUGUGGGUGCUGUGGGUGCAGGAAAAUCCAGCUUCUUCAACUCGCUUAACUCUGUGUUUAAAGGCCAUGUGAGCUUCCGCGCCAACACCGGCACCGCGGGCACCAGCCUCACCACACAGUUCCGUAUGUACUCCAUUAAGGUGAAUGAUAAGUUCCUGCCCCUCAUGCUGUGUGACAGUAUGGGACUGGAGGAGGGACAUAACGCUGGACUGGACAUUGAAGACUUCACCAACAUAUUAAAGGGACACAUUCAGGACAAAUACCAGUUUAAUCCAUCAGUGCCUCUCCAAUCAGAUUCUCCUUAUUUUUGUAAAACCCCGACUAUAAAGGAACAGAUCCACACUGUGGUGUAUGUGAUGGACGCCUGCAAGGUCACACUGCUGUCUGAAAACAUGAUCAAUAAACUGGCCGCUUUCCGCAGAAAAGCUAACAACAUGGGAAUACCACAGAUGGUUCUGUUGACUAAGGUGGAUGAAGCGUGUCGCUCCGUGGGAGAGGAUCUGAAACACGUCUAUCAGAGUCAUUACAUCUACAAGAUGAUGCAGGAGGUGAGCGUACGUCUGGGUGUUUCACUCUCUGCUGUGGUUCCAGUGAAGAACUACAGCAAAGAGCUCGAGCUUGACCUGGACAUUGACGUCAUGCUGCUCAGCGCUGUUUUGCAGAUCAUCAGAACCUCUGAAGCGUACUUUGAGGAUGUCUCCUGUGAGGAAGAGUAGAGUCCAGAACGAUAGACACUGCAGACUUUAGACUACUGUCAUGUAACUAAACCUGCUUCAGGCUUCAUAAAUGUGUGUGUUUAUAUCACAUCUAUUCAGUUUUACUUCCACUUCUACUGAAUAUAACUGACAUGAGCAGAUGUCUGCUUUCUGAAAUAAAGAUAUUACAAAAAGA